CUCAUGACUAUUUUGGUUAGACAUUACACAUGUAUUGUACACAUCUAAUCCUCCAGUUUCUGUUUGCCCGAGACACCGCUCACGUCGUAUAAAAAGCCCUUGAAGAACUCGUAGACGGGGAAAACAACACACUGUCCUGAGGCAACACGCAUGACUCUCGGAAGGAUACCUUUAUAGAAUGCCUUCACACCGCUCUCCUUGAACAGGUUGGCUCCGAUACGCACGCCGCGGGCGAAAUUGGACUCGUUCGAGUGUCCUGUUUCCUUUUGCAUUCUAGUUUUGAUCGUGUCGAGAGGAUUGUUGCAGAGAGGUCCAAUGGCUCCUGAGGUGAAUCCUAUCACGGCUGUUUGGUAGGAGGGCAAGACCUCAGCGUUUUGAUAGUCCUGCAAAAACGAUUUGAGGAACGAGUAGGUGGUAAAGUUGGCACCCUGGUUGAUAGCCUGCCGAGCAGCAGUCAGAGACACACCUCUGUAGAGAGUUUUCAGACCUUCCUCGCGAACAAUCAUCAGGGCAGCUUGUGGGGCAGAACGGUACUUAGGCACCUGCAGAGGGUCCUUAAGCGAGUUGUGCUGAGCCUGAAGUCUGAUCUUGACCACCUCCAUAGGGUUGACGACAAGCACGGCCUCGGUGACUCCAGCCAUCACACCACUGAUAAAGUUGGAGGAGGUGGCAACCUGGCCAGUUUCCUUGUUGAUAAAGAGCGACUUAUAGAACUCGUAGGACGAGAAACGGAUGGCCAUUUUCGGCACAAUACCUAUGCAAACGGCUCCCAGGCCUCUGUAGAGAGCGAAAAAGCCCUCGUUUCGAACGAUGUUUACACCUGUCUUGAUAAGACCCGGGGGCUUUGCGGACUUCAGUCCAAUGCUUUUCUUAAACAGCUGCAUACGCACUUUGAUGGUAUCGAGAGGAUGACAACACAGAGCCUCGAACAGGCCCGCCGUUCCUCCGGCAAUGAGAUCAAUAGCAGUGUUCUUUGGCCUCUUGUUAGAAUUCGCAGAAGCACUCAUCUUGGAUAGGUACACUGCAACAUUGGUGAAAUUGCCAAACCCUUUAUAUUGUCAGCUACCAUCUCCCCAGAUUUUUUCGCGGGGCAUCGGAGAAGGUCUAACGGAAAAAAAAAUGACGACUCCAGGCAGAUACCCACACCUCGCGCCUCAGCCAAAAAGUGACCAGUCUUGCACCCGGAGUGAUUCCAGGACAUGCUGAAUCACUUGCUUUGCGGCUGGAAUCCGGGGACCGAAAUCGCUACCCGGGAGGUUAUACGUAAUCAGAAGGUCGGUCUGCACCUUCUGGAGCCGGAUCAGUCCGAGUAAAACUACCAAUUGCGUUUGGUCCCUCCCCCAUUUCUUUGCCUCCUGCGAGCCAACCAAGACGUAGGCCGGGUCCUGGGCAAAAUUCGGACACUGAACGUUUGCCACCUCCAAAAUUUUGGCGUCCUCAGCGCCAUUGAGCUUGGCCAACUCUUGGAAAUGGUACUCGGCCGCAGCAUUGUCAGCGACGUCGACCGACUCCAGGAGAUCAAAGAUGAUGGCGUCCUCUGGGCCGAGCUGGGUGUCUGGCCCUGCCACAAACACCUCCUGUGUAUCAGGGAUUUGUCUCAGUGUCGAUGCAUCAAUCAAUCCGGCCGGGAUCUGCGUGGUGAUGGCGCCACCAUAGAGCUGUGUUUCCUCGAAAUUCAUCGUGGUGCAAUAUUUUAUUUUUGGAUACUGCCAUCUAUAAUUUUUGAUUAGCUCAGCGGCGCAUUGGCGACGAUUAAAGUUUUAAAUUUAUAUUGCAAACAAGACUCUCAACAGAUGCCCGACAUUAUAACCAUAUUGUCGGAUCCAGUGCUGUUUGGACAAUAUGGGCCACAGCUGCGCGAAGAUCUGCUCGCGUACGUGACGAAACAGCAAAACGAAAACUGCCGCCUCAAGACCAAAAACGAAGCAUUCCAAACCGCCCUGGGCGAGUUAGGCACGGUCCUCAACUCUGUGGCUAGAGGCGAUCUCUCGAAGAAAGUCCAGAUCCACGAGCUGGAGAGCGAUCCUGAGAUCCUGAAGGUCAAGAUUACCAUCAACACUAUGAUGGACCAGCUGCAAACGUUCGCGCAUGAAGUGACAAACCUGGCCACCGAGGUGGCUAACGGAAAAUUGGGUGGCCAGGUGAACACCCACGAAAUCCAAGCGAGCGGCGUUUGGCGCUCUCUAAUUGACAAUGUGAACGCGAUGGCGUUGAACCUUACGAAUCAGGUCAGAGAAAUAUCGGAGGUAACGUCUGCAGUCGCUGCCGGAGACUUGUCUCGUAAAACCAAUGUUUAUGCCCAGGGAGAGAUUUUGCAGCUACAAAACACAGUGAAUAAGAUGGUGGACCAGCUGCGUAAAUUCGCCUUCGAGGUCACACGAGUCGCCAGAGAGACAGGUGUGGAGGGCCGUCUUGGAGGACAGGCCCAAAUCGAAAAUGUUUUUGGUAUCUGGUUGGAGCUGACCGACAACGUUAAUGCCAUGGCGCUUAAUUUGACCACACAGGUCAGAAACAUCGCGAACGUGACGACUGCCGUCGCCAAGGGUGAUCUUUCGACCAAGGUGACGGCAGACUGUAAGGGAGAAAUCUUGGAGCUCAAAAUCACAAUCAACAAGAUGGUGGAUCGGUUGCGGACUUUCGUCGAGGAGGUUAGAACGCUCGCUACUGAGGUUGGAACAAAAGGUAUUCUUGGAGGCCAGGCCAACGUGACAGACGUCGACGGAGCGUGGAAGGAAGUCACCGAGAAGGUCAACGUGAUGGCUAAUAAUUUGACGAACCAGGUGAGAUCGAUUGCGACGGUGACUACGGCCGUUGCCCACGGAGAUCUAUCGCAGAAGAUCAAAGUCGAGGCCCAGGGAGAGAUUCUGCAGCUGAAAAGCACGAUUAACAAGAUGGUGGACUCGUUGCAGGUUUUCGCCAAGGAAGUGACACGAGUUGCCAAGGACGUGGGAAUUGACGGUAAGCUCGGUGUUCAGGCCGAGGUGAACGACGUGGACGGGCUGUGGAAGGAGAUCACCACGAACGUGAACAUCAUGGCAGCCAACUUGACAACCCAGGUGAGAGCAUUUGCGCAGAUCACAGCCGCAGCCACGGACGGUGAUUUCACGCGUUUCAUCACUGUGGAGGCGUCGGGAGAGAUGGACGCUUUGAAGACCAAGAUCAACCAGAUGGUGCUGAACCUGAGGGAGUCUAUUCAGAGGAACACGGCUGCCAGAGAGGCGGCUGAGCUUGCAAACCGUGCCAAGUCGGAGUUCUUGGCCAACACGUCGCACGAAAUCCGUACUCCGAUGAACGGUAUCAUCGGUAUGACGCAGCUGACUCUCGAGACGCAGCUGACGCAAUACCAGCGCGAAAUGCUCUCGAUUGUGCAUAAUCUGGCUAACUCGCUGCUGACGAUCAUUGACGACAUUUUGGACAUUUCGAAGAUUGAGGCCAAUAGAAUGACGAUCGAGGAGAUCGACUUCUCACUCAGAGGCACUGUUUUUGGCGCGCUCAAGACGCUGGCCGUCAAGGCGAUAGAAAAGCAGCUCGAUUUGAUCUACAAGGUGGACAACUCAUUCCCGGAUAAUCUUGUUGGAGACUCGUUCAGACUGAGACAAGUGAUUUUGAACCUUACUGGUAAUGCCAUCAAAUUCACGAGUCGCGGCAAGGUGACUGUCAGCGUCAAGAAGACGUCGCGCGUGAUUAACAAUACGGACAAGCUGCUGCUGGAGUUCUGUGUGAGCGACACCGGUAUCGGCAUUGAGAAGGACAAGCUGGGUGUGAUUUUCGAUACGUUCUGUCAGGCAGAUGGCUCCACCACACGUAAGUUUGGUGGUACAGGUUUAGGACUCUCCAUUUCUAAACAGCUCAUCCAUUUGAUGGGCGGUGAGAUAUGGGUCACGUCAAAUUACGGAGAAGGCUCUAAUUUCUACUUCACCAUUCUUGUUUCGCCGGCCAAGGUUGAUCUGUCAAGACAACUGGAAAUCCUGUAUCCGUUUAGAAACCAUCAGGUUUUAUUUGUUGCUUGCGAACACGACGAGCAGGCCAUUGAGGAGAUCAAGGAGAACAUCAAAUUGCUCAAUCUUGAGCCGGUCGUGGUCCAUGAUGUUGACGAGGUGAAGAUCGACGACCCGGUGUCCUACGACACGAUCAUCAUCGACUCUAUAGACACAGGCAGAAGACUGCGGCUGCUACCAGAAAUCAAGUACGUUCCUCUGGUUCUGCUGCAUCCAUCGAUUCCAGCGCUGAACAUGAGACUGUGUCUGGACCUUGGUAUCAGCUCAUAUGGAAACACGCCAUGUUCAGUCACCGACCUGGCAUCGAUCCUCAAACCUGCACUGGAAAGCCGUGCGGCUCCUCCUAAUAGCGACGGCUCCACCUCGUACAAGAUUUUGCUGGCAGAAGACAAUCUCGUGAACCAGAAACUCGCCGUCAAGAUUCUGGAAAACCACGGCCACAGCGUCGAGGUUGUCGAGAACGGUCAAGAGGCCGUGGAGGCCGUGAAGAAGAACCAUUACGACGUUAUUCUGAUGGAUGUCCAGAUGCCGAUCAUGGGAGGUUUCGAGGCAACGGCCAAGAUCAGAGAGUGGGAGAAGAAGAAAUACGUCGACUUUAUGGCUUUCCGCACGCCAAUCGUGGCCCUGACUGCUCACGCUAUGCUGGGAGACCGUGAGCGCUGUUUGAAGGCACAGAUGGACGAGUACUUAUCGAAGCCUCUAAAGCCGUCGCUUCUGCUUCAAACAAUCUCCAAAUGUAUUCACAACAUGAACCAGCUCAAGGAGAUUUCGAAAAAUCAGAACGCUCGCGGGUCUAACUUUGCCAAGCACCUGAAAAACGGCUUUGUCAAGACUGACAUUCACCACAAGAACGGUUCAGACGCCGCGCAGGGCGAACAGAAGAUCAGAGAGCUCUCAGAAGAGGAAAUUGACGCGGCUAUGACAUAAGUUGUAUUGUUUUAUUUUAUGCUACAAUGCGUUAUCUAGGAAAGAUCGAAACCUGCGUGCGAGUUGAUGGAAUACAGCAGCUUUUCCUUCAGUAGCUUUUUGUCUCUGUAGUCAGGCAAUUUGAGCAGGUUCACGCACGUGGACGCUGUGGGUAGUCUUGAAGUGUCUGGUCCCGAGUUGCGGAUUCCAAAUUUUGGAUUGAGCUCUUUGAAGCCCAGCAGUGGUUCGCGCGAGCUGGAGGUGACAAAUUUAAGAAAUUUGGACCGCAGGUCGUUGUCAAACUCUUCAAGGAGCUCAAACAGGUAAACAAUUGUCGGGUCAUGCAUCGUGUAACCACCCAGUGCGGUAUUGCGCCGCAAAUCCUCAACAUCAAUCUCUUUCUCUCCGCCAGAGAUUAGUUUGGCCAGCUCGUACGCAUUGAAGAACAAGAGCCAUCUGGGCUUAAUGAUCUGGGACAAUCCUUCUAUGAAAUAUUUCGACUGGAUUGCAAUCGACUGGUCCAUCUUGAACUUUGCUACGCAGUAAACGUACUGCAACUUGUUCUGUUGAUUCACCUUCAUCUUUCUUCCGCCAGGAAGCAGGUCAAUCGUGACAACCUCUGGGGAAUCCUGUAACUUCUCGCUGAUGGUGAAGUUCAGGUCCAACUCGUCAAUCUCGUGCUCUGUCAGUUUCAGCAGUUUGGAGAGGUUUUCAUGCAGCUCACUAUCGUAUAUUUUUAGAUCAUCAAACGAAAUUCUCUGUUGAAACGAGGGUGUCGUGGUCCACCGACUAAGGAAAAACGGUGCAAACUGAAUAUCUGUCAACACAUUCUCGUAGAGACACUUACCGAUUACCAUGCCCAGAAACCUGAGCAUUUGUAGAUGGAAAGUCUUUUCCUCGGAGCUAAAGUCGUAGGAAGGAUUCUGCUGUUGUAGCUUCAACUUCAAAAAGUAGUCAGGGUUGGGGUAUAGCUGGAAGUUGGAGGUCGCAUUGAAGAACCUCAUCCCGCCUCUCUUGUCUGCAUUGGAGUUCGAAACGUAAAAUGCGCUAUCCACAAUACUUGUGAGCAACUCUUUUGUGAGUCCUCCCCCGUCAAUGCCGGCCUCUUUUUCUCCAAACUGGUUGAUAAACUCCACAGAUAGAGGCAGUUUGAACUGUUGGCCACGCAGCUCUCCAAACUGCUCAAAGGCGUCAAAAAGAACGUUUUCCCGCGAUACAACACCUUGUAUCUUUGGGCUGAAUAUCCCUGUGAUCUGUGACUUGUCUUUUUCAAUCAGCUGUCGGAACAGCUCCGCUCGAGUGUCAAAAGGGAUCAUGAACGGGAGGUAUAUGAGAAUCAGCAGAUUGUCCUGCAGCUGCGUAUUAGAGGCUUGUGAAACGCCUGUCGGAAGGGAGAAUUCUCCGUCGUCUUCGGCUUCUUCGCCAUCAUCGUCCAGUUCGAGCAAUGGAACAAGCUUGGAAACGUUACGAAUCGAAAACUCGGGGUCUCUGAGCAACCAAAAGUCUUCGUCCGUGAGGUUCAUCCGAAGAUCGCGUAGAUAAGUCUGCUUUAGGAGUUUCAGUGUUGUGACGCCGAUGUUUUUGAAGAAUGCAAGUAUUCUGGCCUCCGAUACUGAAAGAUCCUCAAAUUGCACAAUACGUCGUCCCAGCACAUAGAAAAGAGAAAAAGAUCGGAGGAAUUUCACGAAAUAGAGAUAGUUGUCCUUGUCGAGUCUUCCCUGGUUGAACAAAUCGGCAUCAUUGGACACGCAAAGCAAGUAGCUGUAAAGUUCCUCUAACAGAAACAGUGUCUUCCACCAGUUUUCUUUAUGUGGGUCCAACAACGUUUGUCUGAACUCGUUAUUGAUGGCAAAAUGUGCUCUCUGCUCGGCCAGAACAAAUACUUGACGAAAUAGGCGUUCAUUGCUGAGGUUUAUGAAAAACUGAUUCAUAAAGUCCAUGGAGGACGAUGCCACAAUCAGGUUCACCAGCAGCUCGUUCUUUAGAAGCUGGUUUACGUUGCCUUUGGUGGACACUAGAUGGAGCAAUGCGAAGAAGAACGAGACAAACAGGUCUGUUUCGACCUGCAGGACCUCGCACUGUCUAAUCACCGACUUGGUGAAGUCUGAGGCGUAGAGUUUUUCAAUCUGUUUGCGUGCCUCAAGAGAAACAUAUAUUGCAUGUCCGCUCGGUUCGUCCUCAAACUGCAGUUUGGCCGAGAUUCCGCCUAUGAUGAUGGAGAACGACUCGAUUGACAGCUUGUUAAUGGCGAUGGAGCUAUGGGAUAAAAUCGUGACCACAUUCACCAGGUAGUCAAAUUUCUCCGUAUCUGUGAGGCUUUCAAACCGGGGUCUAUGAGCGCAGAUCCACUCAAAUUGCAGUUCGAUGGACUUCCGCAGAAGAGCGUAGUUGUGAGACAAUGCAAAGCCCACAAACUCCGGUUGUGGGACAGUGAGAAACCGCAAGAUUUCCUCGGUGGCGUAGCUCGACAGUUCAAAGAUGGUUGCCAAAAAUAGCGGGUCCUUGGUGUACACGGUAAGUAGAUAUUUCACUAAGGGGUUCCAGUCAACGGAUAUAGGGUACUUCUGGGCGAGACUUAUGACCACUUGAAGAGACUUUUUUACCAAUUCAAUGUCUGGCGACCGAGGAAUCGUCUGUAUCAGCGUUCGAACGGUUUUGCAGGCCGUGGAGGCGGACAGCUGUUGGGUCUGGAUAAGGUGCUCGAGUCUAUCGAUAUAGGUGUGAUCGCGAGUACCAGCGAAUUCGGGCCAAAAGAAGUUAAACUCUGCCACACUGGUACCAUCCCAAUUGCUUCCCAGUUUACGUCGCGCGUGCUGGAGGUCGAGAUACGAGCGUGCAUACGACUGGAUCGUGGUUGCGGCCCGAGCCUCUGUGCGGGCCCUCUCGCGGCGCUGGCGCUCGAGUUGGGUGGUUUGCAAAAACGACUGUUUAUUCUUUGCAAAGAGGCUCCUGUUGCCGAGGUUGACUUGUCGCUUUCUGGUCGAUCCAGUAAAGUUUGUGUUCAUGUACAAGAACUGC